AAAGAAAGAAAUUAUCUAUCGGAAAAAUGAAUUCCUCAGCACUAUGUUCCUUUGUUGUGGGCGUAUGUCUGGUGAUGGUUUGCUAUUCUCCCAUGGCAGCAAAUGGUGAAAAAGGGUUGGCUGAAAAAAUGUGCAUGGAAAACUUGGAGUACAAGGAUGCGUGCUUGAUGCUGCUAAAGCAAGCUGAUGCUAAGAUUUUGAAUGCACGAAAUGUGCAUGAGCUGGCUAAGGCAACCCUAGAAUGGGCGGUGGCGAAGGCAAAAGACGCUCAGGCCUUCCUGAAGGGAUUGGCUCAGAUAGACAACAACAAAGCCAUAGUGCAAUGUGCAAACUUCGACUACGAUGGGGUGGUUGAAUCCUUCAAGAGCGCCUUGGGAGAGUUGAAAGAUGAUCCUGAAACUGCUAGCUAUGAUGCCAAAGUUGCUGGUGAUGGACCUAAUAAUUGUGACAGAGGCUUGGCUUCAGAAAAUGUUAACAACCCUGCUAUUACUGCUCUUAAUCGUCAAAUUUUCACUCUCAGCAACUUCGCCUUCACAAUCGUCUGUAAAAUCGACUGAUUAAGUGCCAAUAUCUUGGCACUCUCGUUUUUCAUUUUUUUUUGUCUCCUUUGGUGUGUAGGAGAGUGAUUUAUAUAUAAAA